AUGUCGUCUUUGCCGCCUACAGCACGCCCGGCGCAGCAACAUGGAUAUUCUCCUCGUAUCCCGGGAGGAUACCCUGCCGCUUCACCAGGGAUGACCACACUCUCGCCGCUUUCGCCCUCCAACCACUUAACGUAUGCCGGCACUAGCUCGUCUACCUCUUUCCCCCCGGGAAUGCACCAGGCGCAUGCUAAGAUGGAGAACCCCCUCAACAAGAAGCGGCGAACCAAUUCAGCCGGAUCUAGUUGGGAGGGAAGUGGAGCUUUGUCCGCCACUACGACCGCCACAAACGAUGGCAAGGACGGAGAUGAGACCCAGCCAUGGGGUAUGCCGCAGGAGCAGUACAAAGCUCUCAACCCUCGGGAUAAGAAACAGGUUCGCAACCGUAUAGGAGCGAGGAGGUUCCGAGCCAAGCGUAAAGACUACGUUUCUACUCUUGAGGCGGCCAAGAAAGAGAACGAGGCCCUUAUCAAACAACUGCAAGCCGAACUUGAUAUCUCGCGACACACCAUCAACGAGCUGCGAGCCCGACUUCACCUCCCUCCCAUUCCUCUGCCACCCCCUGUUGAAUCCGGACUGGGGCUGGAGGUGAGCACAGAGUACGUCCCACGCCGCUCGAGUUUGCCGGGCUGA